AUGGGUUAUUCAACAUCACAACUGAUUCAAUCAAAUAACUUUCUCGAGGGAGAAAUAAAACGACUCAACAGUCAGUAUCAUGCUGAUCAGAACACGAUUCAUGGUUUAAUGUUUCGCAUGAAUCAACUUAAUGACAAUAUCCGGGUUUUGAGCAAUCAGAAGCAUAUGUGUGAUCAAAAACUUAGUCAAUGUGAUAUGGAACGAAAACGUACACUUGAAAAACUAAAUGAGUAUCAAAAGGCUUUCAAAGAUUUAGAAAAUGAAGGAAAAUCACUGAGAACACUUCUGGAUACUGCUAACAAAGAGGUGGCAAUGAAAAAAGAGGAAAUUGGAAAUUAUCAAUAUCAACUGGGAAUAGUUAAUGAUCAGAUAAAAGCAUUAAACGAGAGAAAUUCGGGUUUAAAAACGAAAUGCGAAGAAUUGGUCGCGAAAAAUCGGCGGCAGCAUGACGAAAUCGCGGAUGCACAAAAGUACGUGGAAAAUGCCAAAUUAAAUGUUCAAAGCAUGAGAAAUGAAUUGGAAUUGGCGACAAACGAUAAAAAGCAAUUUCUCAAACAAUACGAAGAGCUGAAAAGUAAAUCAUCCACGUGGUCCGAUGAAAAGAAAAGGAUUGAAUGGGCUUAUUCAAAAAAAGAAGAUGAACUCCGGGCCACCAAUUUCAAGACAAAUCAAGAAUUGGAAAAGGCAAAUGAACGAAUAAAAUAUUUAGAGAAUCGGUUGAAAAAUGAAAAAUCUUCAUUUCAAAUGGAAAUGGCUGUGGAAAGCAUAUACAGAUCGCUUGAAAUAGUCAAAUCGACCUACGAAGCUCAGCUUACUCGACUUGAAAAUGAGAUUGAAGCCAUGAAAGCCAGUUCCGAAGAAAACGAAAGAAAUCAAGCUGCUGCGAGUGCUGUAGUCCUCCCGGAAUAUCUUCGAACUCCGUCACGUCCAUACUUUGACGGAGAAACGAAUGGUAAUAAUUGCAUGUCGAACCAAGAAUUAGAAGAAAAUGAUCUUCUCGGAAGUCCAGAUAUUGAUGUUCCGCCAAUCAGUGAUCCAAGACAAAUCGACGCUCUUUUAAACGGAUCCUGA